AUGAUUCCGCCCCAGCCGAUCAACCGCGGUUGUGCCGUUUCCCUUCUGCCCCUACCCUGCCUCGCUCCCCCUCCUCCCCCCCACCUCCUCUCACCCAUUCUCCCCCAGAUUCCCCUCACUUGUCUUUCAGCCACGCCAGUCACCAGUCCGGACCCUUCUUCCCCCCUCCCCCCACCUUUCCGCUUGUCUCCGGCCCCCCAGUUCCCCGGCAUUUCCCCCUUCCUCCCACCUCCUCACUUCCCCCUUCCCACCCCCCCCCUUCUCUCUCACUUGCAAUUCAUCCGCGCCAGUCGGCCCGCCAUUGACUCUCCUUCCCUCAGCCCUUCUUUCCUACUCUCUCGUUCCCUCCAACUCCCCUCAUCCCACCUCCUCCCCCAUCGCCCUCCAUUCCCCGCCCCCUCCCCCCCACCCACCCCCCCAUCUCCCCCCACAUUCUUCACCAUUUCCCCACCCCCCAUCCCCGCCCUCCUUUCCCCCAUUCCUCCUUUCCCCCUUCCCCAUACCCCCUUCCCCCUCCCCCCUCACUUGUGUUUCAUCCGCGCCAGACGACCCGCCACGGACGUGUCCGUGAACUCCCCUUAG